UAGAGCUCGAAACGGAGCUUGAAUCAGUAGAGGAAACUGUUUAGUAACAUCAUGUACAUUUGACAAAGACAUAUGUCCUUUUUGGGAAAUGCUGCGCAGCCUUUUGGAAUUACAACCAAGAAAGAAUACCACGAAUCGUAUCUGGAACGUCUGGCCACUAUUCGCAGAAAUAUUAUGAUCCUGCUGCAUUAUGGAAACGUCGUACCAUUUAAUUGGAACACACGCGGAUACAGAUGCUUCUAUUGCGGCAAAGAAAUGAAAGACUGUGAUUUGCUUAAAGAACACACGAUUGUAAGCCAUAAGGUGAUAGACUUAGAAACGUUUAUACCACAGCGUAUAAUAUCAAAAGAUGUGCCAGUUAAAAUUGACAUCACACAAUUAGGUUGUAUAGUUUGUGAUAUACCUCUAGCUAGCAUCGAAGAUUUGAUAGCACAUGUAGUUGGUAUACAUGGAGAAGAGUACGAUAAUUCCGCUGGCGUGUGCGUUUUCCCGUUCCACCUCCACAAAGAAAUUCUCCAGUGCGUGCUAUGCGAGGAGAAAUACGACAAUUUCACAUCACUGAUGGGUCACAUGUACAAAAAACACAUGGAGCAGGCGUGUAUAUGCCAGAUAUGUGGCCAAAGCUACAUAGACCAAGUGCGUUUGAAACGGCACAUAAGCAACAGCCACGUUGGUCAUCGCUGCAAGUUUUGCGGCAGAAUAUUCGACGCGUUCCACCAUCUUGAAAAGCACAAAGAGAUAAUUCACGGAAUUCAAAAAUCCGUCGAAUGCAGUUUGUGCAGUACGACAUUUGUAAAUCAAUAUCAGCUAAAAGUACACAUGGGGAAAGUCCACAACGUUGAGAAAUACAGACUGAAAUGCGAGCACUGCCCCAAAAUUUGCACAACGAAAGGCGCUAUGAUGUUGCACGUGCAAUCUUUACAUUCAGACGCUAGAUUCGAGUGCGAUAUAUGCGAUUACAAAACUGGAAUUAAAUGGAUGAUAAAACUCCACAAGCGCAAACAUUUCGGCGAGAAGAACUAUGUGUGUAGCAUUUGCGAUAAACGUUUUGGCAGGUCGAGCAAUUUGAGGGCGCAUAUGAAAGUACACACUGGUAAUUUCGGACGGGUUUGUCGCUGGUGCCGACAAGGGUUUAUAGAUUUGCUAAAUUUGGAGAAGCAUGAAAAAGAAUUCCAUUUUUACAACCAGUACGCUUAGUGUAUUUCUGUUCUCGCAAUCUUAGCGUCGUUAACGAGUAUGUAAAUAAUGUAACGUCAAGGUAAAAUGGACUAAUUAAAUCAUUCCAUUUUUAUAACUAACAGCCUUGCUAGCUCACAAUCGAGGAGUCGUUUUCGAGUAUUACACAAAUUUAAACUGACACUCUUAUUACCGUCGCAAUUCCUGUACUUAUGACUUUUUUUUUGUUUUACAAACGUUCUAUCAAUAGCCCAAGCUUAAGAAUUGUAGGCAAACUUG